AUGAAAGGAAGCACGAGCAAAAACGAAGACGUGUGGUGCACUGAUUGUAAGGAAGGUGGUCACACAAAGGGCAUCUGCCCAAAGAGGGCAUUCUGCGAAAUUUGCCAGAUGUUGGGACACGCCGUCAAAGAAUGCUCCUACAACAUGAAAACAAAAGGGAACCAGGUAUACUUCGCCCAAGAGCAACCCUCACUGUCAGCGGGCUAUGCCCAGCCGCAAGCCGACGCCACUGCAUCAUCUGGUGGUUACAGAGGUAACCGAAGAGGAGGGAGAGGUAACAACAACAACAACAACAACAAUUGGAGCAGAAUGCAAUAUGACGUUAAAGGGCGGCCAAUAAUCCAAUGUCAGGCCUGCAACCAAUGGGGGCACUUCGCUCGGGAGUGCCAGAAUACUGAAACCCCCCAGAGCCUGUGUAGAUGGUGCGGCCCUGGGGAUCACGAUGACACAAAAUGCCCUAAACAGGGGGUCAAUCUCCUCAAUAUUGAGAAGACGGGCGAAGUAUUGGCGAUCACUCGCGCGCAGGCGAAGAAGGCAACGUAUCCCGACCCCCACACAAAGAAGGAAAGACUGCGGAAGGCAAAGGCCGACAUUGAACGGGAGAUGGCGGCAAAGGGACGGAAGAACACGAAGCCGAUGAGUCCCUCAACCCGCCUGAAAGCGGAAAGAAUAUUAUUGGGCAAGUCUUGCAGAUGGAGGUACCGAUAA